AUAUUUAUAUAGACCUGUGUGUAUUUACUAUUCACAGACAGACCUCUGAGGAAGUAGAUGGAAUGUAGGCUGCCUGAAACCGCUGUAUGAUACUGGAGAGAAAUAUAUUUUCAGGUAAAUCAUUUAAAGAGGUUUAUAAAAGCUCAUAACCGUGCUGGGGUGGGGGCUAGGAACUGAGCAGAGGAUGUUAAGGACUCAGAUUCUCCUCCUGAGGUACGAUAUUGAUAAGAACACACAAGUUGAGGUUUCAAAGACAGGACAGUAGAACCAUUAAACCAAAUGAAGGUGAACACCCAAAUGUGUGUGCAUGUGUGUGCGUGUGUGUGUGUGUGUGUGUGUGAGUAAUUUAUACAGAUAUAUACCAGCUAGCUACAAUUUAUUAAGCACUUACUAUAUGCCAGUCACCGUGCCAAGUGUUUAGGUCUUUCUUCUCAUUUAAUGCAUACAGCAGCUCUGUACAUCCCCUUACAGUAGAUGCUUUUGUUAUCUAUGUAUUUCAGAUGAAGAAACUGAGGGUCAGAUAACUUGCUAAAAGACACAUCUAAUAUGUGGUAUAGACAGUAUUGGAUCUGCUGAAUCCAGUUCUCCAUCAUUCUAUGCCUGCAUCAGGGCAGCAGGAUUGAUCGAGUCAUUUUCAUUUGACCCAUUUUAUUGAGCGCCUAUUAAUGCCAGCCAUGGUUGUCACUGAGGACACAAAGCUGAAGGAAAACAGACAAGCUUUAUGCAUUCAGGGGGUCUAUACGCCAGUGGAUGGAAACACAUAAACAAGUAAACAAAUUUUCCAUAUAAUUUCAGAUAGUGAUAAGCAUGAUGAAAAUAGUCACAUGACUUAGGUGUGGGAGAAAGGCGACUUUAGACUGAGUCUCCUUGAGGGUCCUUAAACAUUUGAGCUGGGACCUGGAUGACAUGGAGGAGCCAGGCCUGCAAAGGUGGAGGAAUGAGGAGACCAAGUGGGACGAAUUCAGCAGAAUGUGACCAGGACUUUGGAGGAACCCAAGGAAGGUGGGGUGGCUGGAAUUAAACAGAGAGAAGGAAAGGAAUGGGAACUUGGGGUGCUUGGCAGCAGCCAGAUUAUGCGGGGGGCCUUGUACUUCAGGCUAUUUUAUGGUCUUUGAUUUUGAUUCUAAAGGCAAAGGAAUCUUUGGGAAGGUUUAAAGCAGAAGAAUGCUAUAUUCAGAUAUGUAUUUCAGCAAGCUCUUUCUGGUGCUGGGUGGAAAAUGGAUUUUAGGGAGGCAAGAAUGGAGCUGGGAGACUAGCAAGGAGACUGUUGUAUUUGUCCAAGCAGGAGGUGAUGGUCAUUUGGACCAAGUUGUUAGCGGUGGUGGUGGGAAGAGGCAACCAAUUCCAAAAAAAUACAUCAGAGGCAGAAUCAUUUGGACUUAGUAAUGUUAGGGGUCAGGGGUAAAGGAUAGAAAGAUCCAGUAAUGGCCCUCAGCUUAUGGCCUGAGCAACAAGCAGGUCACUGUUAAUGCAAUUUGAUCAGAUGGAGGAAAAGAGAGGGUCAGCAUGAGGGAAAAGUCGUGGACUCAUGUUUGGACAUGUCAGGGUGAUGUGUCCAGCAGACACCGCACAGAAAUGUCAAGAGAAUGAUGGUAUAUAUUAGUUUAGGGCUCAAAAAAGUGAUCUGGACUGGAGAUUUGGAAGUCAGUCAUAUUUGAUAGUAACCGAAGGCACAGCGGAUGAAAUCACCGGUGGUAGAAUAGAGAUGGGAAGGGGAGGGUUAGCGCCUAGUGGGGAGGGGGCGGAGGGGGAGAGAGAAGAAAGAGGGAGGAGAGGAGGACAGAAAGACAACAAUAUCCAGAUAGACAAAAUCUGGAAAAGGGCAGGGUCAUAGAAUAAGGGGCAGAGGGGGAGGGCAGAGUAAUCAGUUGUGUUGAAUGUCACGGGGAGGGUGUAGUAAGACUAGUGCUAGCGAAAAGGGAAGUGUUCACUGCGUUUAGGAAUCUGAAGUUAUUGGUGGCUUUUUAGAGCCGUUACAUGCAAAUGGUGAAGAUAGACAUCUGGUUGGGUAAGGGGAGGAAUAAUCGGGAAGCGAAAGACGUAAAGGGGAAGUAUAGUCAAGUCUUGCACAGUUUGUAGAAAGUGAAAACAAACAAGGCAGCCUGGAUCGAUGCACAGCAAAAGAAGGGAGACACAAGAAACAGACAACAUAAGAAGAAAAAUAGAAUCCACGCGUCACCUAAAUGUCCUUAUUUAAAGUUAGAUUUUCAAUUUGGAUCAAAAGCUGAAGUCCUGCGUGUGUGUGCACGCCCACCCAUGCAUUUCACUAGACGCUCACCUGAAAAUGAAACAACAUUGGUUAAACAGAGUGAUUGGUAAAGACAAACAAGGCAAAGGGUCCACAAAACAAUUCAAGAGUAGUCAUAAUGAUAUCAGGAAAGAAUAGAAUUUAAGGAAAAAAUUACUUUGUAUGGGUGCAUUCUCUUUGAAGAUGUAACAGUGCCUAGUAACAGUCCAUCAAAAUAUGCAAAGCAGAAAAUGCAAAAAUACAGCAGGAGGAUUUCAGGAAAAUCGCUGUUUUACCCAAGGAAGAGAAAAAGUAUUUUUAUAAUACGCAUAUUCUUUUCAAAUAUCCAUGGAACUUGGACAAAAAUAUAGGAGAUAAUAAGACUAUAAGUUAUACACUGUAGACUACAUUUUCUGACCGCCAGGCAAUAAAGUGAGCAAUUCAUAGCAAAAGGAUAAUUUUUUUUAAAUAGUGGAAAUUAAAAUACUGUCAAAUAAUUCAUAGAUCAAAGAGAAAAUACAAAUUAUAAUCACAGUUUAAGACAAUAAAAAUAGGGGAAAUUAUAUAUCAAAAAAAAAAAACCCCAAAACGCUACCUCAAGUAAAACUUAGAGCCUUAUAGGCUUGAAUCCAUGAACAAAAUAAAAAUAAACCAAACAAUCAAUUCAGAAGCCAAAAAGUGAAAAAAAAAAAUCUAGGAAAAGCAUGAGGAAAGAAAAUGAAAAUGGGAUUGAUAUUUAACCCCAGAGGUGGAUCUUUGAAAAGACCAAUAAAAUAGACACUUUUGACAAAGCCAAACAAGAAAAAAUCUGAAUGCCUAUUAUGAAUGAAAAGAGAAAUUAGCUAUAGGUAUAACACGUUAAUAUUUUUUUGGACAUUUUGAUUAAAUGGCUCUUUUAGUAAAAGAAGGUUUGCCUGUUUUUUUUUUUUAAGAUGUUAUUUUUAGGUAAUCUCUACACCCAAUGUGGGGCUCAACCCUGAGAUCAAGAGUCACAUGCUCUAUGGACUGCCAGCCAUGCACCCCAAAGAACAGUUUAAUGGGUGGUACAAUUAUACGGACCAAAAACUAUAAAAGAAGUUGACAAAUGUCAGAGAAUUUCAGCACCUGGAAAAUCUUAUAAGCAAAAUCUUUCAAACCUUUAAGGAACCAAUAUCUCCUUUAAGAUUUUACACUGUUAGAACACAGAGCAUAGAAAACAAUGAGAAACAUUUCAGUUCACUAUAUGAAGCUAAUUUAACUCUUACUUGCAAGAACAGUUGAGAAUAUUUUGUAAAAGACAAGUGAUGUAGGGGAAUUUGGCCUACCAUGAAUUACAGCCAGUUUUGAAGACACAAGGAUUUAAUAUAUUUUAUAAGAGUGGCAUUCCAAAUCAACAGGGAAAGCAUGAAUUAUCCAUUUUGCUUAGCCAAAUGAUUAUCUGGAAAAAAAUUAAGAUACAGUAUACUAUAUACCAAAGUAAAUCCUAUAUCAAUUAAAGAUUUAAAUAAAAUGAUUAAAGCCCCUAAAGAAAAUAUAGGUAAAGAUUCACGAAUCAUGAUUGGGUAAGAACUCAAAUGUGUAAACCUAAAGGUAGAAACUAAUAAUAGAAAAAUGAAUAGAUGUGACUACUUAAUCGUAUGAAACUAUUAUAAAUGAAAAAUUAGCCUAAACAAAAUCAAAAGGUGUGGAUAUGGAAAAAUGCACUUCAAAAGGGUUAGCAUCGUUAACGUGUAACUUCUUACAAGUCAGUAUGAAGAAAUGAACACAUUUAGAAAAAUCUAACAAGUGACAUGAAUUGAUAGUUUACAAAGUGACAGUCAAUGAACAUUUAAAAAAUGUUAAUGCUUUCGAUCAAAAAUACAAUAUAAAAUAGUGAGGUACAGUUAUUUGCCUAUGCAAGUGGUGAAAUUUUUUUAAAAGCACCCAUUCUGUCAAGAAUUGAGGGAGAUGGGCAUAUUGCUAGUGGGAAUUCAGAUUGGCAUAUGUCUUCUGAGAGCUAAUAGGAUUCAAAACUACAAAAACGUUCACAAGGCUUUAAGAAGAGAUUUUGGGAAGAGAGGUGGAUACAAGGCAUCUACGCUUCUAAUAUUGUCCCUGCCCCUCUUCACUCCAGCAACUCAGGUUCCCAUCUCUUAACCUGUACUCUUUGAACAGCCUCCUAACUAACCUAGUGUCCUCAUUUUCCUCUUGAAAUUUCACCCUCCACUUUGCAGUGUCACGAUCCCAACUGUAAAUAUGUCCAUAUCCUUCCUUUUGUAAGGACCUCCUGUGUCGCCAUCAGCAACAGGAUUAAGGUCAGUCUUCUUUGUUUUUUGAGAGAGAGAGCACAGGAGACGGAGUGGGGAAGGGGCAGAGGGAGAGAGAGAAUAUUAAGCAGGCUACAUACCCAGCAUGGAGCCAACAUGGGGCUCGAUCUCAACACCCUGAGAUCAUGACCUGAGCCAAAAUCGAGAGUCAGAUACUCAACCAACUAAGCCACCCAGCGCCCCGAGGUCAGUCUUCUUAAUGUGGCCUGCAAGGUUCUCCAUGUUCUGAUGCUUGUCCACUUCUCUAGGCACGUCAUUUCCCGCCCACCCCCACUUUGCUGUCAUUCAUUAUACCCAUCUGCUCAUAAUUUUUACAGCUAUGUUACUUCGGUUCCUAUUAUUCUUUCAAUUGUAGAGCCAGUCCUGCCCUCUCUUCCCCCAUCACUCCCUCUAAUUCUUUGCGGUGAAAGCUGUACCUUCCCGGGGAAGCUUUCUGUGACUUUCUGGGCUGGGUUAGGUUUGCCUCCACUUAGUCCCAUAAACACUGACCUGGUUACUCCACACUGUGUGCGUGAGGUUCAUUUGGGUUACUCUAAGUAGUGGCAGUUUGUUCAUGCUCAUUUGUAUAUUCAAUUAUAAAAAGACACCAUUACUGUUGUUAAAGAAUUUCUCCAGAUUUUGGCUACUAUGAGUUGUGUUUCUCUUAGCCUCCUGUGCAUGCAUUUUGGAGAACAUUAUGUAUGCAUUUCUGUUGGGUAUAUAUCUGCGACUGGAACUCAGUCAUAGAAGGAGGCAGGCAGAAUACCAAACGUGCCCCCCUCCCCCCCUGCCAGAUUCCAUGCCCUAAUGACAGGGAUAUUAUCCAGGUGGGUUUUAUGAUAGAGAGAUAGCCAGGUGGGCCUCAUCAUACCAGCCACUUUAAAUGCAGAGAGUUCCUCUGCUCCUGGGAGCAGAAGAGAGCGUCAGAGAGGUUUGAGGCAUAAGGGAUCCUUGCUGCGUUGUUCCUGGCUUGAUGAUCCGGGGGUCCACUGCAAGGCCUGCAGGGUGGCCUCUAGGAACUGAGGGUGGCCCUCAAUGGCCACCAGUAAGGAAACAGGACCUCAAGGACCUGAAUUUUGCCAACAACCUGAAGGCGCUAGAAUGUGGACCUCUCCCCGAGGGCUCCAGCUAAGGACUCAGUCCUCGGAACACCUCCAUUUCAGCCUUGUGCGGGAGCAGAUAACCCAGCCACCCUGUGUCAGAUGGAUCUACAGAACUAUUUUAUUUAUUUAUUCAUGAGAGAGAGAGAGGCAGAGGGAGAAGCAGACUUCCCACAGAGCGGGGAGCCCGACGCGGGACUCGAUCCCAGGACUCCGGGACCAUGACCUGAGCCGAAGGCAGACGCUUAACCAUCUGAGCCACCCAGGCGCCCAUAAGGCGGCGUUUCUUUCUAGGUACUCAGCCUAUUGGUUAGGAGCUACCAGGUGAGUGGUUUAGACACGAUUUUAGGGUAACCUUUUAGGUUAAAUAUCUAUUUUAAAAUACUUAGAAUGUAUGACAAACACAAACCUAAAAUACUAAUGGGUAUUUGAUCAGCAACGCCUUCCUUUGUCAUUGGCUUCCUUUGUUAUUUAAUUUAUAAAUAAACUUCUGAGAAGAUGCUACUUCAAAGGGAUCCUGUAAUCCCUUUAUAAUGGGAAGAUUCCCGUGUAGUGUGGUCACUUUGACCUUCUCAUUUCUGUGUAGGUGAGAUGUUCAGAUACUAAUGGUAAAUACUCUGUGUUCUCCUGCAAAAUGCAGUCCCCUCAACAGGGACAGUCGUGUCUUGGGUAGAGCCUCUGCAGAAAGUUGUUUUGUGUUUUUUUGGUUUUUUUUUUCCCCUCCUUGCCUCUGGGAUAAUGGGUGUUUUGGUGGAGAUGCUCAGUAUGCAACGAGAACUGGCAGGGUUAAAUUAUGGCUCCACUGAGCAUAAAAAAUUGGAGGGUGAAUCUAGCCCAUCAUCCAUUCUGUUACAGUUUUUCUAUAAAAGUAAAAAAUCUUUAUUAAGUGAAACUAACAUUAAACUAAGUUUGUACACAGGAGAGCAGGAUUUAAAGGGCCACAGCCCUUAGAAUGAUGAUACACACGCCAAACCAAACUCGGUUUUGCUUAUUUUUUUUUAUUUAAAGAUUUUAUUUAUUUAUUUGACAGAGAAAGACACAGCGAGAGAGGGAACACAAGCAGGGGGAGUGGGAGAGGGAGAAGCAGGCUUCCCGCGGAACAGGGAGCCCGAUGCGGGGCUCGAUCCCAGGACCCAGGAUCAUGACCUGAGCCGAAGGCAGACGCUUAACGACUGAGCCACGCCCCUGGUUUUGCUUAUUCUAAAAGACACCUUUGUGUUGUUCUCGGGCAGAAACAAUACACCCCCUGGAGACUCCUAGCAAGCAGAUUUUCUUCUGAUACUAGCUCAAAACAACCAUAUUUACCCAAGGAAGUAUGCUUGUUUUCUGUUAAUCCUAGGAAAAACCCUAGGGUCCUAUACCUUCUUUGCAUUUUUACGCUGUGAACCAUCAAAUGUUUGCAGAUUUCUCCAUUUUCCUCAAGCAGCCGGAUACCAGCCCUAUUAUAAUACCUUCCCACUCAGUCCCUUCAAAGGUUUCUGUGCCUUGUCUGUAUUGGAGUUUUCCCCUAGCUCUUCUGGCAGAUUUUAGAUCCCUGCCUCGGUCAGUCUCUUUACUCGUCUGCGCAUUGAAAUACACAAUAAUUAUAUACAUAUUUGACAAACGAAGACAACUCAAAAGAAACCAGACAGGGGUCUCCCAUAGAGGAAGUGCUAAGUUGUUUAUAACUUUUCUAAACUUUUAUUAUGUUCUAGGAUGUGUUCAUUAUAUAAUUUCAUCAUAUUGUGUUUAUGCUAGCCAAGAUUCCAGCUAACUUGCCCCGUUUUUGUUGUUGUUGUUGUUUUCUGAGACUAAUGAUUAAAUGGAUUCUUUUAAGGGAUAUUUAUUUCAAUUGAACAAUAGUUGACAUUUCAUGCUGUUCAGUUGUACAAAUAGUGAUUGGACAUCUGUAUACAUUACAAAAUACUCACUGCGAUGUGUAGUUACCACUGAUCACCAUACGCAGUUACUACAAUAUUAUUGACUAUAUUCUUCUGCUAUACUUUACAUCCCCAUGACUUUAUUUAUUUUAUAACUGGAAAUUUCCACUUUUUUUUUUUUGAGUGCUAAAUUUUUUAUUCUUAUGUUAAUCCCCAUACAUUACAUCAUUAGUUUUAGAUGAAGUGUUCCAUGAUUCAUUGUUUGUGCACAACACCCAGUGCUCCAUGCAGAAUGUGCCCUCCUCAAUACCCACCACCAGGCUAACCCAUCCUCCCACCCCCCGGAAAUUUCCACUUCUAAAUCCCCUUCAUCUACUUGGCCCAUUCUCCCACCACCAUCCCCUCUGGCAACCUCCAAUUUGUUCUCUGUAUUUAUGAGUCUGUUUAUUUUUUGUUGUGUUCAUUUAUUUCUUAGAUUCCAUAUAUAAGUGAACUCCUACGGUAUUUGUAUUUAUCUUGUUUAUUUCACUUAGCCUAAUAUCCUCUAUGUCCAUCUAUGUGGUCACAAAUGGCAAGAUUUCAUUCUUUUUUCUUGAUGAGUACUACUGCAUUGUAUAUGUAUACCCAUCUUCUUUAUCCAUUCAUCAGUCACUGGACACUUAGGUUGUUUUCAUUCCUUGACCAUUGUAAAUAAUGCUGCCAUGAACAUAGGGGUGCAUAUAUGUUUUUGAAUUAGUCUGUUUUCAUCUACUUUGAGCAAGCAGAAUUGUAGUUGCUGGAUCAUAUGGUAUUUCUAUUUUUAAUUUUUUGAGAAAACAUCCUACUGUUUUCCAUACUGGCUGCACCAGUUGACAUUCUUCACUAACUGCACAUGAGGGUCCCUUUUUGUCCACAUCCUCACCAACACUUGUUAUGUCUUGUCUUUUUGACUUUGGCCAUUCUGAUAGAUGUAGAGUGAUCUCUCAUUGUGGUUUUGACUUGCAUUUCCCUGAUGAUCAGUGAUGUUGAGCAUCUUUUCAUGUGUCUCGUGGCCAUCUUGUAUGUCUUCUCUGAGAAAAUAUUUUUCUUUUCAGGUCCUCGGCCCAUUUUUAAUCAAAUUGUAGUGAUUUGAGUUGUAGGAGUUCUUUACAUGUUUUGGAUAUUCACCCUUACCAGGUAUAUCAUUGGCAAAUACCUUCUCCCAUUCAGACGCUUUUUGUGUUGUUGGUGGUUUCCUUCACUGUGCAAAAGCUUUUUAGUUUGAUGUAGUCCCAGUUGUUUUUGCUUUUGUCGCUCUUGCCUGUGGAGGCAGAUUAGUAGAUAUAUUGCUAAGACUAUUGUCUAAGAGUUUACUGCCUGGUUUCUUUUAGGAGUUAUAUGGUUUCAGGUCUUAGAUUUGGGUCUUUAAUCCAUUUUGAAUUUAUUUUUGGGUAUGGUCCAGAUUUAUUCCUUUGCAUUCAGCUGUCCAGUUGAAUUUAUUCCUUUGAUUUAUUCCUUUGCAUUCAGCUGUCCAGUUUGAAAUCUGGGUGUGUGAUGCUUUCCUCUUUGUUAUUCUUAUGAUUGCUUUGGCUAAUUGGAGUUUUAGGUGAUUCCACACAAAUUUUAGGAUUAUUCUAGUUCUGUGGAAAAUGCUAUUGGUGUUUCAAAGGGGUUGCAUUGAAUCUGUAGAUUGCUUUGAGUAAGAUGCAUUUUUUAAAUUUUAUUUAUUAUUUAUUUAUUUGAAAACAAGCGAGAAUGAGAGCGAGCGAGAGAGCGAGAAACACCAAGGGAGAGUGAGAGGGAGAAGCAGACUCCCGAUAAAGAGCUCGAUCCCAGGACCCUGAGAUUGUGACCUGAGCUGAAAGCAGGCGCUUAAAUGACUGAGCCACCCAGGUGCCCCCAAGAUGGACAUUUUAAUAAUAUUAAUUCUUCCAAUCCACGAGCAUGGGCUAUCUUUCUGUUUAUGUCUUUAAUUUCUUUCAUCAUUGUCUUAGAGUUUUCAGAGUGCAAGUCUUUCACUUCCUUGGUUAAAUUUAUUCCUAGAUAUUUUAUUCUUUUUGAUGCAAUUAUAAGUGGAAUUGUUUUCUUAAUUUCCCUUUGAUUAUUAGUGUAUAGAAAUGCAACACAUUUCUUUGUAUGUUAAUUUUAUAUUCUGCAAGUUUACUGAAUUCUUAUAUUAGUUCUAAUAGGUUUUUGGUUUUUGUUUUCUUUUUUGUGGCGUCUUUAGGGUUUUCUAUGUAUAGUAUCAUGUUAAAUGCAAAUAGUGACAGUUUUACUUCUUCCUUACCGGUUUGGAUGCCUUUUAUUUCUUUUUGUUGACUGAUUGCUGGUGACUAGGACUUCCAGCACUAUGUUGAAUAAAAGUGAUGAGAGUGAACAUCCUUGUUUUGUUGCUGAUCUUAGAGGAAAAGCUUUCAGCUUUUCACCAUUGAGUAUGAUGUCAGCUACGGGUUAUGUGUAGCCUUUUAGUAUGUUGAGGUAUGUUUCCUCUAUACCCACUUUGUUGAGAAGUUUGUUUGUUUUUAAUCAUAAAUGAAUGCUCAGUUUUGUCAAAGAUUUUUUUUUGGAAGCUACUGAGAUGAUUGUAUGAUUUUUAGUCUUCAUUUUGUGAAUAUGAUGUAUCACAUUGAUUGGCGACUACUGAAACAUCCCCACAUCCUUGAAAUAAAUCCCACUGGAUUGUGGUGAAUGCAUCUUUGAGUAUAAUGUUGAAUUUGGUUUGCUAUUAUUUUGUUGAGGAUUUUUGCGUCUGUGUUCAUCAGGGAUGUUGGUGUGUAACUUUUUUUGUAGUGCUUUUGUCUGGUUUUGGUAUCAGGGUAAUGAAUGAAUUUGGAAGUGUUCCUUCCUCUUUUUUUUUUUUUUUUUUUUUUGAGUAGUUUGGGAAGACUGGAUAAUAACUCUUUAAAUGUUUGGUAGAAUCCAACCGUGAACAGUUCUGGUCUUUGGCUUUUUUUUGUUGGGUUUUGGUUUUGAUUUUUAUUAUGCAUUCAGUUGCAUUACUACUAAUUGGUCUGUUCAGAUUUUUCAUUUCUUUCUGAUUCAGUCUUGAAAGAUUGUAUGUCUCUAGGAAUUUAUCCAUUUCUUCUAGGUUGUCCAAUUUGUUGAUGUAUAAUUUUUCAUAGUCUCAUGCAAUCUUUUGUAUUUCUGUUGUUUGUACUUAGGUUGUAACUUCUCUUUCAUUUCUGAUUUUGAGUUCUGUUAAGGGUGUGUGUGUGUGUGUGUGUGUGUGUGUGUGUGUGUGUUUGAUGCAUCUGACUAAAGUUGGAUCGAUUUUGUUUAUCUUUUCAAAGAACCAACUCUUAGUUCCAUGGAUCAUUUCAUUGUUUUUUAGUCUCCGUUUCAUUUAUUUCUGCUUUGAUAGGUAACAUUUCGUUCUAAUUUUGGGCUGCUUUUUCUAGCUCCUUUAUGUGUACAAUCAGGUUUAUUCGAGAUUUUUCUUGUUUGUUGAGGUAGGCCUAAAUUGCUAUAAACUUCCCUCUUUGAACUGUUUUUGCUCUGUCCCAAAGAUUUUGGAACUUGUGUUUCCAUUUUCAUUUGUCUUCAGGUGUUUUUAAUACUGCCUUUUCGAUUUCUUCAUUGACCCAUUGGUUGUUUAGUAGCAUGUUGUUUAACAUAAAGUUAAACAAUGCUAGAAUAUUUUUUCUAGUUUUGUUUUUUUUUUUUUAGUUUUAGAGCAUUGUGGUUAAAAAAGAGACUCCAUAUGAUUUCCGUAUCUUAAAUUUUUUGAGACUUGUUUUGUGGCUUGACAUGUUAUCUGUCCUGGAGAACCCCAUGUGCACUUGAAAAGUGUAUUGUGCUGUUUUGGGAUGGAAUGUUCUGUAUUUUCUGUUAAAUUCAUUUGAUCUAGUGUGUCAUUAACAGCCACUGUUUCCUUGUUGAUUUUCUGUCUGGAUGAUCCGUGCAUUGAUGUAAAUGAUGUUGAACUCCCCUACUAUUAUUACCCGCAUUUUCUCCCUUUAUGUCUGUUAAUAUUUCCUUUAUAUAUUUAGGUGUUCCUCUGUUGGGUGCAGAGAUAUGUGCAAUUGUUGUGUCCUCUUGUUGCAUUGAUCACUUUGUCAUUAUGUAAUACCCUUCUUUGCUUCUUGAUACGGUCUUUGUUUUAAAGUCCAUCUUGUCUGAUAAAAGUAUUGAUAGCCUUUAGUGUUAUGCUUGGAUUCCUUUCUCUUCAUUUUUUAGGUAUCUAUUAGAGGUUUUUGGUUUGUGGUUACCAUGAGAUUCAUAGAUAACACCCUAUGUAUAUAGCAGUCUUUUUUUAAGUUGAAGUUUGCUUAAUUCCAAAACAUACUAAAAGCGCUACAAUUUUAUUUCCUCAUCUCCAUGAUUUAUGUAUUUAUUGUCCUAUUUUACAUCCAUAUUUUAAAUAUAUUGUGUAUCCCCUGCCUAAUUAUUAUAGAUAUCAUUGACUUUACUGCUCACUAGCUUUAUAAGCAGUUGAUCUACUACCUUCACUAUAUGUUUGUUUUUACCAGGAAAAUUUAUUCUUUCAUAAUUUUCUCACUUCUAUUUAUAGCUUUUUCUUUUUUGCUUAAAGAAGUUCUCUUAACGUUUUUUGUAGGGCCAGUUUAGUGGUGAAUGAACUCCUUUAGUUUUUUGUUUGUCUAGGAAACUCCUUCAGUUUCAAGUGAUAACUUUGCUGGGUAGAGUAUUUUGGGUUGUAAGUGUUUUCUUUCAGCACUUUGAGUAUAUCCUGCCACUUGUAGCUGCAGAGUUUCUGCUGAAAAAUCAGCUCAUAGUCUUAGGGUGUUAGCUUAUAUGUAACUACUUGCUUUUCUCUUGCUUCUUUUAGGAUUCUCUAUGUAUCAAUUUUUUGACAUCGUUAUUAUGUGUCUUGGUGUGAACUUUUUUGGAUUUAUCUUCUCUUGAGCUCUGUUCCUGGACCUGGAUGUCUGUUUUCUUCCCAAAGUUAGGGAAGUUUUCAGCUGCUAUUUCUUUUUUUUUUUUUUUUAAAGAUUUUAUUUAUUUAUUUGAGAGAGAGAAUGAGAUAGAGCAUGAGAGAGGGGAGGGUCAGAGGUAGAAGCAGACUCCCUGCUGAGCAGGGAGCCCGAUGCAGGACUCGAUCCCGGGACUCCAGGAUCAUGACCUGAGCCGAAGGCAGUUGCUUAACCAACUGAGCCACCCAGGCGCCCUCAGCUGCUAUUUCUUAAAACAAGUUUUCUUCCCCUUUUUGACUUUCCUUCCAGGACCCCUACAUAAUGCAAUACUGCAAUAGUGCAAAUGUUGGUACACUCGAUGUUCUCCCUGAGGUCUCUCUUAACCUAUCCUCAUUUUAAUUUUUUUUUUUUUCCUUUUGCUGUUCAGUUUGGAUGACUUCCACACCCUGUCUUCCAGAUCUCUGAUCCAUUCUUCUGAGCCCUUUCAUCUACUGUUGAGUCCUUCGAGCUUAUUCUUCAUUGCUGUUAUUCUUCGGUUCUGAUUAGUUCUUCUUAAUACUUUCUAUUGAAGUUCUCCCUGAGUUCAUUCACUCUUCUCCCAUGUUGAGUGAGCAUCUUUAAUGACCAUUAUUUUUAACUCUUUAUUGCUUAUCACCACUUCAUUUCAUUCUUUUUCUGAGGUUUUUGUCUUGUUCUUUCAUUUGGAGCAUAUUCCUAUCUCCUUAUUUUGUCUGACUCCCUGGGUUUGUUGCUAUCUAUUACGUAAAUCAACUACGUCUCCUGGUCUUGAAGUCAGUGGUCUUAGGUAGAAGGCAUCCUAUGGGUCCCAGAAAUGCAAUCCCCCAGCCCCCAGGACAAGGUGCUCCAGGGAUAUCUACUGUAGAGACUGCAUGCACUCUCCUGUUGUGGCUGGGCCAUGACUGCUGUGGGUGCACGGGUGGGUGGGGCUGGCCCCCAGCGCAGCCGGCUGAGAGGCUUUGCUGCAGCUGCUGCAGGCAUACUAGUGGGUGGGGUUAGCCCCUGGUGUGGCUGGCUGCAAAACUUGGCUGCAGCUGUUGUGGGCAUGCUGGUGGUGGGGCUGGCCUCUUCGUCCUUGGGGCAGGAGACAAUUUGAAGGGGCACUGGUCCAAGCUAAAGCUGUUGGCUGGGCAUGGUGGGGUGGGUGCAGCACUGGGGGGCCCUUGCUGUGCAGAUGGGUUGGGUGUGGCAAGUCAGCAGGGGAACACUGAAGCUGGGUGAGUGGUGCUAGCAAUGUAGAUAAAGAAUGUCAGAACUGUAGCUGCCAGCAUGAGGCCAGCUACACUGAAGGAGGACAGGGAAAACGGCUCCUGCCAGUGCUUCCAUUGCUGGUGAAAAUUUCUAUGCCUCCGUUUCCUAUAGCCUUCUGGCUCUCCAGGUGAAGUCCUGCUGAUUUCCAAAGCCAGACAUGAUGAGAGCUCAUCUUCCUGGUGCAGGUCCCCAGUGCAGUGGGUGCCCAAUGUGGGGUUUGAAUCCCUCCCUCCUCAGAACCUUUCCCCCUUUUUAAGGGAGCCAUGAAUAGUGCAUUUUAAAUGACUUGUUUCCCUUCCUGAGUUGAGAUCAGCAUUGAUGUACAACCUAUUUUUCCUAAAUACUUCUGAUACACCUAAAAAGAUGUUUUCUUUGGAAACCAAAGUUCCUUUUUAAAAGCCUAUGUUCACCUUUUAUGUUUCUGUGCUGGUCAUAGGUAAUCGGCUUUGGGCGUCCUCAAAAAUAGUUUUGUUUUGUUUUUUUCUGUUGUCCCCAGCCAUGGAAAUACCAAUUGGCCUCUGAGGAAUUUACCUGAAUGAGUCAACCUUUAUGCAUGUUUAGUUAUAUUUAUUUUUAAUAUCAGGGCUUUUCACUUGUAUUUUUUCCUCUUCAGGAUUCUAUGAAGGAAUGUCUCAAUAUUUAAAUAUUUUUAAGUGUCCUCCAGUUUAAGUAUCUGAAAUUUUGCAUGUACUUAAAAGGCAUUUCAGAAUGAGGAUGCCUGAAGUUUGCUUUUUAAACUGGAAUUUAAUUUUCCUGCUGCUUCUCACCUGUCCCACUGCCUCCCCAUUGGAAAUCUUAAUGAUGAUAAUGCAUACAGGAACAAUUGAAAAAUAAGCUCAACCUAUUUUGGGCAAGUAUUCUAACUAGAAAAUACUGUUCAUUUAAAAGUUAGAAUAAGUCUUCUCAAGAUGAAGGAGUGGCUAUUGGGAGUGAAAGUGGGAGGUAGAAGGUCAAAUAAACUGUAGAGUUUGGGGGCGCCUGGGUGGCUCAGUCUUUAAGCAUCUGUCUUUGGCUCGGGUCAUGAUCCUAGGGUCCUGGGAUCGAGCCCCACAUCAAGCUCCCUGCUCGGCAGGAAGCCUGCUUCUCCUUCUCCUGCUCCCCCUGCUUGUGUUCCCUCUCUCGCUGUGUCUCUCUCUCUGUCAAAUAAAUAAAAAUUUUUAAAAAGCUGUAGAGUUUUUAUGAGGAGAUGCUGUGCUGAAGAGAAAUGAGGUAUAAAGGUCUAAGGAUUCUGUGGAUUUACUCAGAUGAUAUAACACGUAUAUUAAUCAUGGAAGAUUGACUCUUGGUUGGUUAGUUUUUUGGUUGUUGUUUUUUUAAGAUUUUAUUUAUUUAUUUGACAGAGAGAGACACAGCGAGAGAGGGAACACAAGCAGAGGGAGUGGGAGAGGGAGAAGCAGGCUUCCCACGGAGCAGGGAGUCCGAUGUGGGGCUCGAUCCCAGAACCCCAGGAUCACGACCUGAGCCGAAGGCAGUCGCCUAACCAACUGAGCCACUCAGGCACCCCAGGUUGACUUUUUAAAACAAAGAUUUGGUCCCUCAUUCUUCUGGGCUCCCAUAGCAACAACAUUGUGAAAUACAGCAAUGUAUUUACUCUUCACUUUUCCAGUAGGCUCUUAGUUUUUUGACUGUGUUAUUUACCUUGAUAUAGCAUGCCUCCACCCCAUCCUUUGGGGACUCUUAUACUCUGUCUCUCCCAGAUACUCAGAUUGGCCAAACCGAUGUCGGGAAGAGAAGAGCUAUCGUCUGCUACGUUGGCUAAGUUGGACCGCAUGAGUCUGGCACUGCAAAGGGCUGAUUUUCAAACCAGUCAGCUGUACUUGAAUCCAGCCCUGUACUUCCCAGUUGUGUGUAUAAGUGAAUUUUUUAUUUUGUUCAAGCUAGUUUGAAUUUGACUUCUAUAACUUUGUCACCCUAAAUAGGUAAACUGAGGUGAACCCAAAUUACCAGAAAUUGAGUUUUUUUCAGGAAUAGCAGAGGAAUUGCAAUUUGGAAAUGCAUGCUGUAGCAAGCUACGGGCAAGUCCACUGAGGGCUUGGGGCAGGACAUAUGUAUGGGCAAGGAGUACAAAGAGGAGGAGGUCCAGCCAGAGUCUAAGCACUAAGUUCAUUGGCUUGAGGAUGGGGAGAGAGUCUUGGUGGUGGUCACUGGUCAGGAGAUAAGUCUUGGUCUGCUGUAAAUCAGGAAUUUACAGGGAAUCAGUAUCUGAGUUCUUCAGUUUCAUACUUCUGAGGGUAUAUGUGUGAGAUGAUCCAUUUCAUAUCCUCCAGUUCUAUUUUAGAUAGAAAUCCUUUUACUUCUACCUCUCUCAAUCAGGAUCGUCCACAGAAAGCAUUGCUCAUCCACCAUGUCACUUAAGCAUUAUUUUCCUUUUUUUUUUUUCCCCUCAAUCAAAAACAUCAUUAGAUGGAGUGCACAUCCCGUGGAGCUGAGGACAAACAUCUCCCGUGUCUUGUCCCAUGUAGGAGGGAAAUGGCAAGUGGAUAUCAUUGGUCUUAUUUGGACAACAAAAGGAAUAAGAAAUGAAGACUCUCAGCCAUGCUCUUCUGGGCUGGCUAGCUCAAUUUCCGUGGUCAAUUGAUAAGCAUAAAGACAGUAUUCUUAAUACAGCUCACCAGGGCAACUACUAUGAUUAUUAUAAGAUUAUAAGGAGGAUAAUCCCCACGAUCUAGAGUGUAGUUUGGGACCAUGGUCCCCAAGAUCCAAACCAAUCAGAAUCAAGUGAAAGAGAAACCUUCGUUGAAGGAGAGUCCCUUAAAGACAACUGGCUGGUUCAGUGAUCUUGUAUAGCUGAGCCUUGGCUUUGCUGGAAGAGUCCACCUAAGUGAAUCAAGUGGUGCUGGCCAUAGCACAGACUCCUCCUGGCUCUGCUAAGAGAUAAUCAAAAACUAUCCUAUUAUCAAGAACAGCUUUGGGUGGCUCCUGGAAGUGGGGCUGGUGCAGGGCCGUCAUGUUGCAGCAGGAUAGUAAUGAUGACACGGAGGAUGUUUCCCUGUUUGAUGCGGAAGAGGAGACCACUAACAGACCAAAAAAAUCCAAGAUCAGACACCCAGUGGCAUCAUUUUUCCAUUUACUCUUUCGAGUCAGUGCAGUUGUAGUCUAUCUUCUUUGUGAAUUGUUCAGCAGCAGCUUUAUUGCCUGUAUGGUGACAAUUAUCUUGUUGUCGUGUGACUUUCGGGCUGUCAAGAAUGUCACAGGUAGACUCAUGGUUGGUCUGCGUUGGUGGAAUCACAUAGAUGAAGAUGGAAAAAGCCACUGGGUGUUUGAGUCCAGGAAGGCAUCCGCUCAAGAGAGUAAACCUGUUUCUGAGGCUGAAUCAAGGAUUUUUUGGUUAGGACUUACUGCCUGUCCAGUGCUGUGGGUGAUAUUCGCCUUCAGCGCGCUCUUCUCCUUCAGAGCGAAGUGGUUGUGGUUAUCAUGGGUGUGGUGCUACAAGGUGCCAACCUGUAAGGUUACAUCAGGUGCAAAGUGGGCAGCAGGAAGAAUUCAACCAACAUGGCUACAUCUUAUCUCGGAAAGCAGUUUUUAAAACAAAACACCAGGGCGCCUGGGUGGCUCAGAUGGUUAAGCGUCUGCCUUCGGCUCAGGUCAUGAUCCCAGGGUCCUGGGAUCGAGUCCCGCAUCGGGCUCUCUGCUCCUUGGGAGCCUGCUUCUCCCUCUGCCUCUCUCUCUCUGUCUCUCAUGAAUAAAUAAAUAAAAUCUAAAAAAAAAUAAAUAAAUAAAAAAAUAAAACAAAACACCGGAGAUGAGCAGACUUCCUGAAGAGAGUGAGAGCAAGCUCAUGUGUCCUGUUGCAUUGGGGAACAGCUGAAGAGAUUCUUGACUCUGAGGCUUUUGGAACUCAGUGCGUAUUGCAAAGAGGAGUGUUGGGUUUGUUUUUCCGGUUUAAAAUUUACUUUAAAAAAAAAUGGACAGUUUAGUUUGCAUAUCAAGUUUUUAUUCUCUUGCAUUUUGGGGCUUGAAAGUAUGGUGUGGCCAGGAACAUUGUCAAAAUUGGUUCCUGGUUUAUACAUGUAUGCACGUAGUCCUGUAAUGUCCGUAUAUCCCAAAUUACUGAAAGUGCGUUCAUGUACAUACGUAAUGGAGACCUUUGCAUUUGGAUCCGUAGAAUAUAGGAGGAUGAUCUCGGUCUGUCUCAGAAAUCUAGGUGUGUACAUAUUAUUUCUGUAGAUUAUUGUCAGAAGAAAGUUUUGCUUCCAUGGGAAGAGUGAGCACUUUGGCUCACGUGUAAGUUAGAGAUAAUUGUUAAUUUUACACCUUAAUGUAUACUUCGUGACGAAACGUCUUAUCUUAGUCACUCACAGGCAGGUAAAAAACAAAUGUGGGCCAGUGGUUAACUAGUUUGUAAAUUUUAUUUUUAUUUGUAAUAACUCAUGUCCUUAAGGCCCAAUUAAUGUAAAUGGAAUUUUCACAGUUUAUGGUUAGGGGAUUCCUUUGAGAUUGCUGCUGAUCUAUUUAUUUUUUGGAAGGGAAAGCCAGAUUUUACUUUAAAACUUCCUGGAAGCUCUUCAGUGGGCCUUGGCCUAAUGAAAUUUAUCUUUUAUCACUAAAGGAGUAUUAUUCUUAUGUCAUAGUGAGAAUAAUCAUUUAAAUACUUGGCAUAAUAAAUGCCUAAAAGACAUUUUAUUGUAUGAAUCUAUUUUUUUCUCGCUAUAAUGGGGAUAUUAUAAAUCAUGCCUUUGUAUUAAUGGUAUUUCUUAAUAUAUGUCACAAUCUACAAGCGGUCGUAGGAGUCUAUAAAUUCUGUUGUAGGUUCUAUAAACUUUGUUGGUGUCUUUUAACCAGCAGAUUAUUUUGUGGAAUGUAUUUAUACAUUAUUAAAAUUUUUAAAAAGAUGUUUAAUUGAAUAAGUGUCUUUAUUGGAGUGAUAGCUUUUGAAGGUGCAUAACUUUAUAUUUGUAUAAAACCGUACUGUUUACAAAGAAAAAAAAAAAAAGCUUUUGCCAGAGCCUAGGAAUUUUUGUUGGGCAGCUAUUUUUUGAGAAGCAGGUUCUGCAGUAUCUUCAAGAGGUAAGGAGAGGUUCCUAAUGCUAGCAUCAUCUGUAUGUACUCCUAGCCAAAGGAGUAGGGGUCUGCCAAGGGAAGUGAAUUUUGAAUCAUGAAUGCCUCCUGGUAAUUCAUUUGAGUCUGUGGUUCAGGACUGGAAAACUAACCGCUAUGGAGGCCAAUAAAAUUUAAAGGUCUAUAGACCAAAAAGUGGUUUUAUUUUGGUUACCCUUGCCUUGUCCCUUUCUUAGUACAGAGCCCAGAAGCAAGUUUUUUGAGAUGUGAGGUUGUUAACUAGGGACAGGGAAAUGGACACCUAGUGUUAGGGAGUCUGAUGUGAACAAGAGGGGGCUGAGUUUGUUCUAGAGAAACUGAGGCAUUGGAAAUCAGCGGGAAGUUUCUGACAGAACCACAGGAUCCACCAGCAUUGUGGCAGAUCUAACAGUCAUUUGGAGGUUAGAUUACCCCCACUGGCAAUGGCCUGAGAUUAGUGAACAAUGGCAUUAUCUUUCCAGUCCAGAGCAGGAUGAAAGAUGAACAAAAGAAUCCUAAAGAUCUUCAUGGUAUAAAAAUUAGGAAAAUACUGUCAAAGAGGGAAGAAGGAAGGCAAAGAAAUGUCCUUGAUCCAAUGAGUUGGAAGGAAGUGGUCUACUUUGAUGUUGGCUACUCCUCUUUUACUAGUCAAUUUUAUUUUGAGGUCUCCAGCUUUUGCACAGGACCUGAUGUCAGGUGGAGCCUUUUGUGAAGUAAUCACCCAACAUGUGACUCUUUGUGACUUACCAGUAGGGUCAGUGGUCAAGGGCACUUAGUAAAGUCCUUCCCAUGAAUCUCACUUUUGCAAAACCAUAAAAGUACAAGAGUAUCUGUAAAUGACCAAAACGACUUAAAAAUGCCCAUGGUUACAAAUCUGAUGAGAGUUUGUUAUAAUGGGAUUGACAAGGAAAUUUUGUUUCUGUGACACAUCACUGAGUGAGAGGAAAAAUAAUUUUCCCUCUACAUUUCCUUCUAGGUUUUUGUCUGAGACUACCCUAUGGUAAGAGACAGAUUGGCAGAAGAGAAACAAACAAGUUUAGUAACAACUUGUAUACCACCUGUAUAAAUGGGAGAUACUUGGGAAAACUGAGUGGCUCCCUGAAAUGGCCCAACCCACCACCUUAAAUAGCAUCUCCAGUUAAAGACAAAAAAAAAAAAAAAAAAUGUUGUUGGGGAGGGCCAGUUAUGGGAGGUUACCCUGAAGAGCAUGGAAAACAAAGGUAGGUUGUUAUGCAGUUUUAAGUCUUUCCCUUCUCCAUUGAUAAGAGUUUCCAGGGAUUUAAAGACCUCCUCUUCUGGUACAAAGAGGAAGACCCUCUUACAAUUGGAGAUUUUACCUAUAAAUGUAUAUGUUUCUUAGAAAAGGGUAAUUUCUACUCAGUUUUCAGAGAUUUUUCUAGGUCUGCUAUUUCUUAAAAAUUAGCCUAAAAUAAUAUUUUGCCAAAAACUUUCUGCUCCCCUUCCAACAUUUUUUUUUUUUUUUAAAGAUUUUAUUUAUUUGACAGAAACACAGAGAGGGAACACAAGCAGGGGGAGUGGGAGAGGGAGAAGCAGGCUUCCCACUGAGCAGGGAGCCUGAUGCGGGGCUUGAUCUCAGAACCCUUGGAUCAUGACCUGAGCCGAAGGCAGACGCUUAACGACUGAGCCACCCAGGUGCCCCUCCCCUUCCAACAUUUUAAGAUAACUAGAAUUAUGACUGAUAAAAUUAUACCAGAACAUACCAGAUUUCUAGGAAUUUCAUAAAUUUCUAGAAGACUUGAAUUAAGAACAUGCAUCUAUACAAAUAUAAGCUAAGAAGGCUUAGCAUCACUUAUUUGAGAACACAUCCCAUGUAACUUAACAUGUCAAAUAAACCUAAUUAGUUUAACAUUUUACCAAAUGAGAGGCAAGUCCUUUGAGAUUUUUUUUUAGUGACCCUGUGGGAAAUCUCAAAGCUACUUUGAGGUUUAAAAAAAAAAAAAGACUUAGAAUUUGAUUUGGGGAAGUUGUCGAAAUGUCAGACUUUGAACAUUUGACUAAAUAGGAUCACAGACUAUUAUGAAAUAAUACCUAAUUAUUUAACCAAAGUAAAAGAGAAGAUCUUAAGGGCAAACAUGGAAGCUUACCUAGGUUGUGAACAAAACUUAGUUCUUUGAAUAUUGAGGAUGAAUGGGUUUUCUGAAGUAAACAAAGACCUGGUAAGGACAACAUAAAAGCACAUUCACUUAUUUUGUUAAGACACAAAAUCUUUGCUGUCCAGGCAAUUAACCCGAAAGGUAAAGAAAAACCCUUCACAAUCUCUUACCAGGAGCAGACCAAUAGCCCAAGAAAAGUUUUCUUUUCAGUGGAUGAAAGAAAAUUUAAGGUUGAGUUUUACAUAAGUACACUAUUCAUAGUAAAGCUUACUAAAAAAAAAAAAAAAAACAACAAACUUGUAACUAAUUCAAUUUGAGCCAGCUUGACCAUGCAAGGUAUGAUUCUCUCUCCCUACCCCACCCAUUUCCCUCUCUUUCUUCCCAACUUGCUAAAUCCAUUCACCCAACUUUCUAAAUCCAUUCAUUUCGCCCUUUAUUUGCCUUUUUCCUAUUCUGAAAUAACCAAAUUUACUUUGGGACAAAUUUACUUUAAACAGAAAUGCACCUCCAUCCCUCACACUUUUUUUGCUUAAAAGAACAUUCUACUUUCCUGGCAUACAGAGAUGUUUCCCUUAUUUCUACUAGUUUUAAUUUAAAUAUAUUUGAAUUCUUAACCCUUAAAAACCCUAAUUUCUAGUAAGGAUUAGGUAAACAAUUGUGAACUGUGUGUUACUGGCAAAUUUAUAAAAACAUUUCCUAAUUCCUGGAAGUAUACACUUCUAGAAAUGUAUGGCAUGUUUACCAACAUGGGCACAAUAUCUUUAGUUCCUCUGUAAAUUGGAAGCCCGAAGUAGACCAACCCAUGUUCAACAAUUGUUUGCAGUAAACAUUCAAUGAAUACCCAUCAUUUAACUUCUCUCAGUAUGACUUUAAGUUUUUAAGUAACCAACAAGUUUAGAAAACAUUUUUAAAAGCACCUACCAUAAAGUACAAUUAUUGUUGAAAAGUACAUUACAGCAACUUCUUUCAAGACCCAUCUCUAAAGGCAAGGGAAACAAAAGCAAAAAUGAACUUUUGGGACUUCAUCAAGAUAAAAAGCUUCUGCACAGCAAAGGAAACAGUCAACAAAACUAAGAGGCAACCCACAGAAUGGGAGAAAAUAUUUGCAAAUGACAUUACAGAUAAGGAGCUGGUAUCCAAGAUCUAUAAAGAACUUCUCAAACUCAACACCCAAAAAACAAAUAAUCAAGUCAAAAAAUGGGCAGAAGACAUGGACAGUUCUCCAAAGAAGACCUACAAAUGGCUAACAGACACAUGAAAAAAAUGUUCAUCAUCAUUAGCCAUCAGGGAAAUCCAAAUCAAAACCACAGUGAGAUACCACCUUACACCAGUUAGAAUGGCAAAAAUUGACAGGGCAAGAGACAGCAAAUGUUGGAGAGGUUGUGGAGAAAGGGGAACUCUCUUACACUGUUGGUGGAAAUGCAAGUUGGUACAGCCACUUUGGGAACCAUUGUGGAUGUUCCUCAAAAAAUUAAAAAUAGAGCUGCCCUAUGACCCAGCAAUUGCACUACUAGGUGUUUACCCCAAAGAUACAGAUGUAGUGAAAAGAAGGGGCACAUGCACCCCAGUGUUCAUAGCAGUAAUAUCCACAAUAGCCAAACUGUGGAAGGAGCCGAGAUGAAUGGAUAAAGAAGAUGCGGUAUAUAUAUAUAAUGGAAUAUUACUGAACCAUCAGAAAGGAUGAAUACCUACCAUGUGCAUCGACAUGGAUGGAACUGGAGGGGAUUAUGCUAAGUGAAGUAAGUCAAGCAGAGAAAGACCGAUAUCAUAUGGUUUCACUCCUAUGUGGAACAUAAGGAAUAGCGCAGAGGACCACAGGGGAAGGGAGGGAAGACUGAAGAGGGAGAAAUCAGAGAGGGAGACAAACCAUGAGAGACUCUGGGAACCAAAUUGAGGGUUACAGAAGGGAGGGCGAUGGGGGGAAGGGGUAACUGGGUGAUGGGUAUUUAAGGAGGGCAAGUGUUGUGAUGAGCACUGGGUGUCACACGCAACUAAUGAAUCAUUGAACGCUACAUCAAAAACUAAUGAUGUACUAUAUGUUGGCUAGCUGAACAUAAUAAUAAUAAUAGAAAAGUUCAUUUAUAAACUUUUAUUUACAUCUACUUUAUUCACUUUUUCUUAGUAAUUAAGCUUAGAUUACUCAUGAAAAUUCCAUGAGCCAUUAAACAGCUAACCAUCAUCCUAAAUUCUCUCUCUUGCUGAAAAAUUCUGUUACAGGGAUAACAUGAGCUUAUCUGACCUUCAGUACAACUAGGUAGAACAAAAGUUUAAUAUUUGAUGCGGACAGCUCUAAAGACCGGUUUGUUUUAAUUACACCCACAAACUAUUAUUUACUAAAGAUUUAUCUUCGAUCAU